AUGCCCAACAAUCAGAACCCUCAGGAUCUUACUGUUACAAUCGCUUCCGUCCUCAAAUCGCUAAACCGUCCUCUACAUCUAUCAGUCUUCUCUCUGCUCCUUGCAAACCAUAUCGAGACCCAAAUCUCCAAUCUACAGCCCUUUGCUUUACCUUUUGUGGCUGCGAUGUGGUCUCCGAAGACAGUCUCUCUUCUUCUGGCAGGUCUCCUCGCCCUUCCUUCUGCCGCCACCAAAAUCUGUACCUGCGAGGCUUCCGAUGGAGUUAGCCAGGAUGGUUUCUCGCAGAUAUUGGAUAACCUCAAUAUCAACUCACACGAUCAGUUCUGUGUCAAUGCCCCAGACUACGAUGGCUGUUAUACUUCCAAAUCAGACACCCAGGGUUCGGGCAACUUCUAUGGCUGUGGCAUCUUCUGUGCCGACGAAAAUGACAGCGGUGCUUGUCUCUGGUUGUUCGCGUACACCGCUUAUUUGGGUGCGAACACCGGAGGCUGCAUUUCCAAGUCAGACCUGAUUGACGUUGUGAAUGACAUGGCUUCGGACGCUCAACAAUACGAUGCUGUGAACUGUGAGACAUCCGAAAUGUCGGGAGGUGGAUUCAGAGUCCAGGUCUCAAACGGCUUCAACUUGGGAGGCGGCCAGUGUGAUCCCGGAGUUUGUGUCGAGUAG